CCCCCCCCCCCCCCCCCCCCCCCCCCCCCCCCCCCCCCCCCCCCCCCCCCCCCCCCCCCCCCCCCCCCCCCCCCCCCCCCCCCCCCCCCCCCCCCCCCCCCCCCCCCCCCCCCCCCCCCCCCCCCCCCCCCCCCCCCCCCCCCCCCCCCCCCCCCCCCCCCCCCCCCCCCCCCCCCCCCCCCCCCCCCCCCCCCCCCCCCCCCCCCCCCCCCCCCCCCCCCCCCCCCCCCCCCCCCCCCCCCCCCCCCCCCCCCCCCCCCCCCCCCCCCCCCCCCCCCCCCCCCCCCCCCCCCCCCCCCCCCCCCCCCCCCCCCCCCCCCCCCCCCCCCCCCCCCCCCCCCCCCCCCCCCCCCCCCCCCCCCCCCCCCCCCCCCCCCCCCCCCCCCCCCCCCCCCCCCCCCCCCCCCCCCCCCCCCCCCCCCCCCCCCCCCCCCCCCCCCCCCCCCCCCCCCCCCCCCCCCCCCCCCCCCCCCCCCCCCCCCCCCCCCCCCCCCCCCCCCCCCCCCCCCCCCCCCCCCCCCCCCCCCCCCCCCCCCCCCCCCCCCCCCCCCCCCCCCCCCCCCCCCCCCCCCCCCCCCCCCCCCCCCCCCCCCCCCCCCCCCCCCCCCCCCCCCCCCCCCCCCCCCCCCCCCCCCCCCCCCCCCCCCCCCCCCCCCCCCCCCCCCCCCCCCCCCCCCCCCCCCCCCCCCCCCCCCCCCCCCCCCCCCCCCCCCCCCCCCCCCCCCCCCCCCCCCCCCCCCCCCCCCCCCCCCCCCCCCCCCCCCCCCCCCCCCCCCCCCCCCCCCCCCCCCCCCCCCCCCCCCCCCCCCCCCCCCCCCCCCCCCCCCCCCCCCCCCCCCCCCCCCCCCCCCCCCCCCCCCCCCCCCCCCCCCCCCCCCCCCCCCCCCCCCCCCCCCCCCCCCCCCCCCCCCCCCCCCCCCCCCCCCCCCCCCCCCCCCCCCCCCCCCCCCCCCCCCCCCCCCCCCCCCCCCCCCCCCCCCCCCCCCCCCCCCCCCCCCCCCCCCCCCCCCCCCCCCCCCCCCCCCCCCCCCCCCCCCCCCCCCCCCCCCCCCCCCCCCCCCCCCCCCCCCCCCCCCCCCCCCCCCCCCCCCCCCCCCCCCCCCCCCCCCCCCCCCCCCCCCCCCCCCCCCCCCCCCCCCCCCCCCCCCCCCCCCCCCCCCCCCCCCCCCCCCCCCCCCCCCCCCCCCCCCCCCCCCCCCCCCCCCCCCCCCCCCCCCCCCCCCCCCCCCCCCCCCCCCCCCCCCCCCCCCCCCCCCCCCCCCCCCCCCCCCCCCCCCCCCCCCCCCCCCCCCCCCCCCCCCCCCCCCCCCCCCCCCCCCCCCCCCCCCCCCCCCCCCCCCCCCCCCCCCCCCCCCCCCCCCCCCCCCCCCCCCCCCCCCCCCCCCCCCCCCCCCCCCCCCCCCCCCCCCCCCCCCCCCCCCCCCCCCCCCCCCCCCCCCCCCCCCCCCCCCCCCCCCCCCCCCCCCCCCCCCCCCCCCCCCCCCCCCCCCCCCCCCC